AUGGCAAUUGAAUGGCCAGAGAUGUCUGUCAUCCUGGAGGAGAAAUUUGGAUGGUCUGAGAACUCCCAGUCCUGUGCAGCAGAGCCACAGUGGAUUUAUUUUGACAGUAGCUCUGUGCCCGGGGUACAGGCUCAUCCUGUGUUGGCAGUACCUGCCCCAGCCAUUGCCAUGUGUACACUCAGGGUUUCCAUUCCUGAACUCUCCCCAGCCCAAGCAUAUUUGACCUGCUUUGAAAAGGUCCAUGUACCCAUCACCUCUGCCCUUGGGGUCUGGUUCACCAUCCACACCAUCAGCCUGGGACCACCCUGGCGCACAGCCAGGGACACCCUGAGCCUCUGGCUCAGAGGAGGGUGGGGCUUUGGGAACGGGCCUCGCCCAGCCCAGCUCGCCUCGCGCUGUGCUGCAGGAGCCGCUGCCCGCCCAGAGCUCGCGGAAGUUGUGCGGGAGCCGGGCUCUCCUGGACCAGCCCGCCCCCCGAGGAGGAACACGGCCUUGGAUCUGGGCAGCCGCCUGCCGUCCCCUUCGCUGGCGCCUCUGGUCGACAGUUUUGGUGACCACAAAGGGACCCAGAGCAGACUUCUCCUUCCCCUGAGCUCUACAAGGAGCUGGAGCCUUGGUAAAAGCAGUGGCCCUUUGUGCCCACCCGUCUCCUCGGGGAGUCUAGAUGAAUUUGGAACCUGGAACACCAGUUGCACCUAUCGGCGACAUGUUUGGCGAGCUGCAGCCAGGAGAUUGCAGAUCUGGAGCAUUCUCUCCCUGAAGGAUCCAUGGGAAACACCUCCUCCAUCCCCAAGGACUCACCUUUUGUUUGCAUUCUGAGUCACUGGAACGAAUUUUCUCUAGAUUCUUUAAAACGGAAAAAGCUCAUUUUCUUUUGUAACACAGCCUGGCCCCAAUAUAAACUCGGGGACAAUGAAGCCUGGCCAGAAAAUGGAAGCCUCAACUAUAAUACUAUCCUACAGUUAGACAAUUUUUGCAAAAGACAGGGAAAACGGACAGAAGUUCCUUGUGUUCAGGCCUUUAUGGCCUUAAGAGAAAACCCAGAGCUUUGCAAGUCCUACGUAAGGGAACCUUGCCGGCUGGGACCCAUUCAGGCUACACAGAAGCCCCCUACGAUAGCAACUCUGGAGGAACACAAGCCCCAGACAGAAGACCCAAGCCCAGAUGCUCUUUCACGUCCUCAACCCCUCCCCCACUCUAUAGGCCUCCUUACCCCUCCACACCGAAAGCGCAGCCAAGCUUUCUUUGCCCCCUCCAGGAAGUAGCAAGUGGGCCUCAGGGAAUUACCAGAGUCCACACCCCAUUUUCUUUAACCUCAACCAGUGUUGCACUCUCUUGGGCCGAUUCUCAGAAGACCCCAGUCGGUUCACUAAAGAUUCCAGGCACUGACUCUCUGCUUUGAUCUUACAUGGAAGGACCUAAAUAUUGUCCUUUCCCACUGCUGCACCACUGAGGAAAAGACCAGGAUCUGGGCACAGGCUCAAACAUAUGCUGAUGGAUUACACAUUACCUAACCACAGCAAUACCCUGUGGGCUUGACAGCAGUGUGUCUAAUUGAUCCCAAUUGGGAUUAUCAGCCAGGCCAGCCUGGCAUCACUACAAGGGACCACAUGGUCCUUUGCCUCAUUGAGGGAAUGUAAUGGUGCAUAAUUAUACCCGUUAACUAUGAUAAGGUUAAAGAGAUCACCCAGGGCCGAGAUGAAAAUCCAGCCCUAUUUCAGGCUCGGUUGGUAGAUACCCUCAAAAAGUAUACUAAUGAAGACCCAAACACUUUUGAGGGACAUAUUGCAUUUGCAACCCACCUUAUUAGCCAAUCAGCCCCUGAUAUACGUAGAAAGCUUCAAAAGCUUGCCAUGGGGCCCCAAACCCCUCUUAACCAUCUUAUUGACACGGCCUUCAGUGUCUUUAAUAAUAGAGACCUGGCUGAGGAGGAAAGAAAGUACCAGCGUGACUUAAGACGGGAGCGAUGGCAAGCCAAGCUUCUGGCAGCUGUCAUGAUAAAACCUAACCCACCUCCUGGCCACCCCAAAAGUACUCCCAGAAGACCCCCACCAGAAAGGGGAGUCUGUUUUGGCUGUGGGAGCCCUGAACACUGGAGCAAGGAAUGCCCAGGAAGCCAGUCUCAGCCUCCACCCAAGGUGCCAUGCCCACUCUGUAAAAAGAUGGGACAUGAAGAGGGAAUGCCCUCAGCUCCGAAGGGAGCGAGGAAAUUCCCCCACACUAGUCAUGGCAGUGGUUGAUUGACGGGACCCGGGACCUCCCAAUGCUCCUGAGAAGACAGUCGUCAUUACACAGGAGGAACCACGGGUGACAAUUGACGUGGCAGAAUACAACAACUUCAUCUUCAAAUGAUGAUGCAACAAUGAUUCCAACCCAUCCCACCUGAAGAUAAAGACCAUCAACAUCCACUGGACAAGGCCUCUGCCUCCUUCUACUCCCCACUCUCCACCCCUGCCACUACUAACAAUCCCGAAACCCCUAUCUCUGACAGAAAGCAAGGAGAUCUGGACCCACAGGUAGGGACUACGUCCAUGUUCAGCUUGAAGCAGUUACAGAAGACUGACCAUUGUCCCUUUUCCCUUUAAAAGAUUUUAAGGGUCCAGACUCCUUGAGGGGAAAGUGUUAGAGCAGGCAGAUAGCUAAAUAUGAGCAGAGAAAGGGGGACACAGACCAAAUGACAGGAAUUAGGCAGAAAGGAGGGGCACAGGCCAAAUGCAACAAACCACACAUGUGAGCAGCAGGGAUCCUUGGGCAAAGAAAGAAAAGCUGGAAUCUUUGGGCUGAUAAGGGACCGCAAAUUUUGGCUUGGAGACCAACAAAGAAAGGUCAAAAAAGGCAGGAAUUUCCAGUGCCCAAAUGUAACCUUUUACUCAUGCCCUCAUUUCAAUAAAAUUAGCCUUGCAGAUCAGAAGUACCCAUCAUGCACCGACGCCAUGACGCUUCCUAUCCAGACUAAAUAAGGACAAAAAUCCUUCCUCCCUUUGGGAAGCUGGAGUUGGGAUGAUAAUCAGGGAAUACGACCCCAAACCCUUCCUUCCCCAAUGAAUAUUCCAUCCAUUCAUUUUUUCACCCUAUGUAACUAACUUGCCAAAGAAACUCAGGGCAGCUGCUCACCUGAGCCUGCCCGCUCUCCCCUGAGGGUGUACUACCCAUCCUUUAAUAAAUCCUCACUGUACCUUUUUAACCUCUAA